AUGGUCUUUAGUGAGGUGCUAGCUUUGGGACUCCAGACCUUGAUGACUCUCUUGAGCCCCCAGAAAGCAGGGGCCAUCCAGGCUGACCACAUGGGCUCCUACGGACCAGCCUUCUAUCAGUCUUACAGUGCCUCGGGUCAGUUCACCAACGAAUUUGAUGGGGAACAACUAUUCUCUGUUGAUCUGAAGACAAGUGAAGCUGUGUGGCGUCUGCCUGAGUUCAGCAACUUUGCCCACUUUGACCCACAGGGUGGGCUGGCCAGCAUUGCUAUGAUCAGAGCCCAUCUAGAAGUAUUGGUGGAACGCUCCAAUGGCACCAAAGCCAUCAAUGUGCCUCCAACAGUGAUGCUGCUCCCAAAAUAUCGAGUGGAGCUGGGCCGGCCCAACAUCCUCAUCUGCAUGGUGGACAACAUCUUCCCCCCUGUGAUCAACGUCAGCUGGCUGCACAAUGGUCAGACAACCACCAAGGAGGUGUUCCAGACCAGCUUCUAUUCUCGGCCUGACCAUUUGUUCCGCAAGUUCUACUACUUACCCUUCGUGCCCACAGCAGAUGACGUCUAUGACUGCAAGGUGGAACACUGGGGCCUGGACAAGCCACUCCUCAAACACUGGGAGCCCUACCUGCCUACCCCACUACCACACACCACAGAAACCCUGAUCUGUGCUCUGGGCCUGGCUGUGGGACUGGUGGGCUUCCUCAUGGGCACCAUCCUCCUCAUCAGAGGCACAUGCUUGUCCAGUGUUCCCAGGUACACAAGUCCCCAGGAGUCCGGGUAA